CAUUGGCAACAACCUUAGCGAUUAUGUAACCAGAAGCGAUAGUGGCAGAGGGAAAGCAAUUGAGCAACUAAAACUAACUUAAUUUGCCCUAAAGAUCACCCGGAUAUAAAUACAUUCAUUGCAAGGUGACAAAAAGAAGACAUAAAUGAAUCAUCGGCUUGAUAAACUUCACAACGCUAAGCACGCAAGUCCCAAGCAAUGCGCCUGUCCUUUGUGCAUCUAGCUAAGCCUGUUCUCCAUGGAUACUUCAGGAGUUCUUGUUCCUGGAGGGUUCGCAUUGCAUUUGCACUUAAAGGCAUUGAAUAUGAUCAAGUUCCUGUUAAUCUGAUCAAGGAUGGUGGUCAGCAGUAUACACCACAGUACAAGGAACUUAACCCAAUGCAGCAAGUGCCUGCAGUUGAAAUUGAUGGCAUGACCAUUUCUCAAUCACUGACAAUCAUUCAGUAUAUCGAUGAGACCAGGCCAGGGACGCCGCUCCUUCCUGUAGACCCCAAGAAACGUGUGCAGGUUCGGAUGAUAAGUGACCUUAUUGCCUCAGGGAUACAGCCUCUGCAGAAUUUGUAUGUGCUACAGAAAAUUGGGGAAGAAAAGGUCCCUUGGGCACAGCACUUCAUCAAUCGAGGGUUUCAAGCUCUUGAACCUAUUCUGAAAGAAACAGCUGGGAAAUAUUGUGUUGGUGAUGAGAUAUCGAUGGCUGACAUCUGCCUAGUUCCUCAGGUCUACAAUGCAGAGAGGUUCAAAGUGGACAUUGAACCAUACCCAACAAUCAAAAGGCUGAAUGCAACCUUGGUGGAGAUUGAUGCUUUCAGAACGAGUCACCCAUCACGUCAGCCAGAUACUCCGGAUGAUUUGCGUCAACCUUAAGAUGUUGAAGUUGUGUACUUGAUUAACAAUUGCAAAUGUUGUGGGAGUAGUCAUUAUGAACAAACACAUUUCAUAAAAGGUAACUUUUAUUAUUUGAAUAUAAAUCUUUAUUAAAAAUUGUGAUACAAAAGA